UAUUAGCGAAAAUUCUGGAGUCGUUAUGGAAGAAAGUCCUAAUGUUAAUGCAGAUGAAAAUUUGAAUAUUAGUACAAGCGAAAGCUCAAGCGCCAAUAUAGAAGAAAUCAACUUGAUUAGUGAUGAAGAUUGCCAGAUUGAUGGUGACGAAUAUAAUCAUACUAGUGAAAGUGAAGAUAUUCAUGCUAUCGAAAAUGAAGAUAUUCAUGCUAUCGAAGAUGAAUAUAAUCAUACUGACGAAGACGAAGAAG